AUGGGUAAUCAUCCUCUGUUUUUGAUAAUAUCAUCAGUAAUCGUUGCUUCUAACACAAAUGCCGACAUCUAUGGCGGUAGAAAAAAUUCAAUAAAUGAUAUAAAUAAAGUGCCUAAAGUGGAAGGCGAAGACAUUAUAACGUGGUGUACAACUUCACUGUUGGAACAGGCGAAAUGUGAAAAGCUGGCUAGAUCUGUUAUGCAAGACAAGGGACUCUUUGGAAAGGAUUUCAUUGAAUUACAAUGCAAAAGGGCCUUUGACACAGAGGAGUGUAUGGUAUGGGUAGAUAGAGGAGAAGCCUCCCUGCUUGGUCUUGAUGCUGGUGAAGUUUAUAUUGCAGGCAGGUACCAUUCUCUGGUGCCUAUUCUUCAAGAGUUAUAUGGUCGCGGAGAGCCUUACCAGUACUCCAUAGCAAUAGUGCGUAAAGGUGCUUUACCUCAAUUGCAACCUGGCUAUGGACUGCAGACACUGCGGGGGGUGAAGGCCUGCUUUCCCGGCGUUGGUGCAUUAGCCGGAUGGAUGAUGCCCAUACAUGUUCUAAUGCAAAAUGGUGGUCUGAAAAUAACCGACUGCAACAAUCAUGUGAAAUCUGCAAUAGAGUAUUUUGGCGAAUCCUGCGCACCGAAUUCACUAAAGGACAUGUAUAAUCCUAUUGGUGAUAAUUCCGACAAACUAUGUCGAUUAUGUGCCGGUGGUUCGGGAAUUCGCUGCACAUUAGCUGACCCUUAUGCUGGUUAUGAAGGAGCUUUGCGGUGCCUUAUAGCUAACAACUCGGGAGAAAUCGCAUUUGUAAGAGAUACUACAGUGCAGCAUGCUUUGUUAUCACAUACAAUACUUGGUGGAGUGACAGAGGAUCAAUUUGAGCUAAUCUGCCGAGAUGGCACUCGUCGACCUGUGACUGAGUCUGAAGAGUGCAACUGGGGCCGUGUACCGGCUGACGCCAUAGUCACCAGCAGUGCUGCCUCUGUGGAACAGCGGAAAAGAUAUCAAAAGCUUUUCCAGACCAUCUACCAACUGUAUGGUGAACCCAACUCUCUAAACAAGAACUACAAUAACAUAACAAACAUGUAUCAAAACAGCAGCCCGUACAACCCAUACUCGACAACAGAACAGUCGAGGUACCCGUACGACUCGUAUAACAACAGAGAUAAGUUCAAUUAUUACAACAGGGAAAAUGAAGAUGACAGGAACCGAGAUAAUACGAUGACACCAUAUAAACCCCGUGUCGAUUCCGGUGGGCAACUUAUCGAACCAGCGUUCAAGCUUUUCAAAUCCAACGUAACUACGGAUCUUCUAUUGCAGGAUGCCACGAUAAACUUCAGAAUAUUAACAGAAGAGGAACAAGCAGCUAAACAUAUUCUUAACAAUAAAUAUGUAGGCAGUCAGGCAGAGAAAGCAGUACAUGGAAUCAGGGAUUGUCCUGUAAAGCGUGCCACCUUGUGCGUUACUAGUGACCAGGAGAUGGAAAAAUGUGGUAAAAUGAGGACGGCGCUGUCGGCGGCGGCGCUGGCCCCGCGGCUGGCGUGCUGGCGCGGCCACAGCACGCGGCACUGCGAGCGCGCCGUGGCGGAGGGCGCGGCCGACUUCGCGCUGCUGGACGCCGCCGACAUGCUGCACGCCGCCGCGCAGCACCGCCUCGUGCCCUUCAUGCAGGAGGUAUACAGCAGCGGCAACGACUGGUACUACGCGGUAGCAGUCGCCAAGGAACAAGACCCAGACACUGACUUGACGUACCUCCGCGGCAAGAACACGUGUCACACCGGACUAGGCAUGGCCGCCGGUUGGGUCUACCCACUCGCAUACCUCAUAUCUAACGGGUGGAUCAGACCGUAUGGUUGUGAUGGAGCUCAUGCCGCGGCUGAGUACUUCACCAAGUCAUGUACGCCGGGGGCUCUCAGUACAGAGUACGUAGACUCUGGCACUGUUCCACACGACAAUCUGUGUCACCUUUGUCACGGUGCUUCCUUCAGGCGCUGCCGGCGCGACGCGAGCGAGGCGUACUUCGGGCACGUGGGCGCGCUGCGCUGCAUGGUGGAGGGCGGCGGCGACGUGGCCUUCGUGCGACACACGGCGCCCGCAGAGGUGUCGGCCGGCCGCCGCCGCGAGUGGUGGGCGCGGGACCUGCUGCCCGACGACCUGCAGCUGCUGUGCCCCGACGGUACCCGCGCAAAGAUGCACGAAUACAAACACUGCAACCUCGGCAAAGUUCCUGGCACUGUGAUGAUGGGAAGGCCAAACCAUACUGAACUGGAUACUUACUCGAACCUCAUGAUAUAUGCGCAGCAGUUCUACGGAGCUGUCACUGCUGAUGAAUUCAGCUUCAGCAUGUUUUACUCACAGCCUCCAUACUCCGACUUGAUAUUCAGUGACGUUGCGGUGCGCCUCAAACCUAUACCUCACAGCAAGCGAUCAGCUGACAUCAUCGCUGGCCCCGCGCUAAUACGCGCCGCUCGGAUCGUAUCUUGCGAUGCGCCACAAGCCUCUUAUUACGUAGCGUCUGACCCAGACUUUUUGUCCCAUGCGUAUAGAAAUGGUGUCAUAGGGAAAGUACUAGUAUUAGGAAUAUUCUUAGCAGCUUUAUUAAGAUAA